AUGUAGCCUAUAAAAACUUUUGCGGUCACAAUAUAUUUGUAAUAUUUGAUUAAUUAUUGUUGAUAAAGCCAAAUAAAAUUAACAGGAAAAUUUUGAAAUUGAAAAAAAGAUAAUUUUUUGUAGAAAAAAAAUAUUAAAACUGAAACAAUAUGAUUGCAAUUAGAAAGUCCAUGAUAUUACCGAUUUUAGCAGUAAUGCUAAUUAUUUAUUUGCAAACAGCACAAGGAAUUUCUCGUUCCUCCGAAGAAGACUCUUCUGAAUCGUCAUCUGCAUCAUCAUCAUCAUCAUCUUCUAGUGAUUCAGACAGUUCUAGUUCAGAAACAAAAGAAUCAUCUGAAAGUAGUUCAGUUACAGAAGAAUCUAAUGAAAAUAAAAAACAAAACGUCAAAAGAUUUGUUCCAGAACGAUUUCGACGACAACCUUAUCCAAGUGAGAAAUUAGAAGAAUUUCAAUACGAUCCACCGAAAUUAGAACUUAAUGAAGGAGGUAUCGAAGGAUAUGUAGCAAUGAACCCCAGUCCAUCUGAUAUUCUAGCAUUGGUUCAGGAAGGACAAGUGUAUUCUUCAGACUAUACAUACGUAUAGGCGCUCCCGGAAUGAGUCUAAAACAAGUCUAGUGCUGAGUCCCAUACUGACUAUAAUGUGAACAAGACAGUGUUGAUCGUUUCAAUUAAAACUCAAUAGAAAAUUUAACGAUUGACUAAUUAGAAACUAAAUUAAAAACUGCCUAAUUCAAUAUUACAACGGUUUCUAAUUUUGCCUUCAAUUUAAUUAUAUUUUAUUCAAUCAGAGGUGUAACUACAAAAUUUUGACAUUUUUUCCCGCCGAGUUUAGAAUCCUUUGAAGUUGCCCGUGUAAAAAUUUCCACAAAGUCGACCAAACUGAGAUAAGCGCCAAUCUAGGUCCAACUUAGCUUUCCAAAGUUUGAAAAAUAAAGAAAUAAAGAAAUUUAAUUAAUUUCAUUAUUAUUUAAAAAUAAUAUGCUGGACAAAUAAACAAAAAAGCGACAAACAAUUUUUUUUGUUUAGUAUCCUUGGGCGACGUUCCGGUCAACCCAACUUGGAUUUCUCAAAGUAUUCCCAAAUUGAAAUUUAAUUGAAUUUUCUGUUAUAAAUCAAGAAAAAAUAAAAAAAAUAAAAACUUUAAUUAAUUACAUUAGCAUAUUUCAUGAAUAAAUAAAAUGUAUGUAUGUUUUCAAUUAAU